UCGGUGGAAGGUGCUUUCGGAAAAUCAUCUCGUCCGCCGCGCUUUUGGGACGUUUCGCCCUGUGUAUUGUGGGGGAAAAAAACGCGGAAAAGUCGGGAAAAAAGUGGAAAAUCUUUUUCGGAGGUGGAAAAGUGAGGAUUUUUGUGGAUUUUUGGUGGAGAUUCUGGAAAGCCGAUCGGGAAAGGAUAUUCCCCCGUCGAAAAUUUCGAGGAAAAUUGUGCAGCAAAAGUGCGUGGGAAAUUCCGGCACACAACAGUUUGAAAAUAAAAGGGAAAAAUCUCCCCCGAAAAGAAGGAAAAAAGUGUGAGUGCUCGCGGAGAGGACACGAAGGAGUGUGAAAAUCGAUUUCGUCCUGGCAGCUUCAGCGUGUGUGAGUGUGAGAAUGUUUUGAAGUUUAUUCGCCAAUCACGAAAGGACGAAAGGAUUUCGCGUGCUCGCACCUGGCGGGGCACACCGCGGUGAAAAACGGUGAAUUUCUCCCACAGUCUGGAUACCGCGGAGAAUCAGAACGUGACCACCGCAAAUCGACCUGCGAAACCGGUUUGGGGCACAAAAUUACUCGCAAAAAAAAACACCGACUACAUGUUUACAGUUUGUUGUUUUAGCUGCGCGAGGAAAAUUGCACUCACGUGCAGCACCAGUCGGUGAAUCGUGACCUCCCGGGGUUGUCGGAAAAUUCGUCGAAUCGCACACUGACCACAAGUUUAAAAAAUUUACACCACCCCCAGAAAAAAAGCACGUAAAUUUUAAGCAAAACCCUUAAAUUAUUCAGCGCAAAUAAUUCGCACCAAACAAAAAAAAAAGAAAAAAAAAGGUUCCAACUUGGUGGAGAUGUCCUGACUCAGCUGAUUUUGGAGCCGUUUUCCACGACGACAGCAUUUUUCAGUGUAACGAGAGUGAAAGGCGCGCAUAAUAAAUUGAUGCUGUUUAGUGCGGUGGAAUUUCCAAUUUUAUGACCCGGCGGUGCGGGUUUUGGGGAAGUUCGUGCUUGUGUGUUUUAGGGGGAAAAAAUUGGGUGUUGAGCAGUGAGCAAAAAAAAAAAAAAAAGUUAAAAGCCGGGAAAGCAACGUGGCACUGAAAUUUGGGGAAGGUUUUGUGUUCCGGUGGUGGUGGUCGUGAAAUGAGAGGAUAAAUAUCAAUACUAAACUGCGUGGAAAACGAAUCGAAUCUGGAAAAGGAAGGAUUUUCUGGGGUUUAACGUUCAGCCUGGUCAGCAGCAGCAGCAGCAGCAAGAAGGUGAUGAUUGUUUGAUAUUAAGCCAACGCCCACUCAGCUAAAAAAAAAAAACUUUUCUAAACUGGACAUUUCCGAGCAUAAAAUGCAUUUCCGGUGAAAAGUGCCGAGUGAGCUGCAUAUAAAAACACGCUGAAACCAACCGUGCUGUCUCGUCCACCAUAUUGCAACUUUUUCAUUUUCCUGCUUGACCAACUGAAAGAGGGUAAAAGAGAAACAAAAAAGUUCCAUCCACAAUGGAAAACUUGCGGGAAAUUGAUUUAAACGGUGUAAUGAAAAUUAGCUGAAUGCUCCUGCUCGGGUGGCUCGCUCGGAAAAUUCAACCUACCACGGAGAGAGGGGAGAAAAUUUCCCUCAACAAUGGCUGGCAGUGGGGCAGGGCAGUGAUGGCGUAAUGAUAACGUCACCGUCGUGGGAUGUCCAUCCGUUACGUCACUAGCAGAACCUGCAGUUGUCCGAACUGAUAUCGUGCUGGGGCGAGUUGAAAAGUUCCGGCUCGGAAAAUGAAGCAAGGAAAAACAAAAACUCCGCUGAUAGUUAAAUAAUGUGAUUAUAGGGAAGUGUGAUUGGGAAAAAGUUUUAUUCGCUUGUUUCUGGUGUGUAAAUGAGGGGAAAUUCCUGGAAGUAGCCACUCUUAAUAACUGGAUUCGAACCGGUUUGUUAGAAGAAAUCGACUCGGUGAUACAGGCUUAAAAUAGAAUUGUUCAAUUAUAACUUGGGCACGGAAAAGUUUUGUGAAAUUUUGGUUGAGGAAAAACAGCAGAAAAGGCAUUAUGGCCGCCAUGAUGAUGGAGCUGAAGCUGAUUAUUUUGUGUUUGCCGUCGAUCCUGCUUGCCACCACGCUGGAAUCAGAUAACAAAUCAAUACUGGCCAACUCGGACUGGAAGCGGCUGUGGCUGGAAACGGGCCAGCUGGCGGCGGGCGGUGGCAGUGGGAGUGGUGGCAGUGAAACAACCAGCCGGACGGCAUCGGCCGUGGCCGGCAACGGUGGCAUCGGGGUGGUCAGCGCCGGGAUCGGCAGCCCCCGGACGGACAAUCACCUCGACAGCAGUGACUCGGCGCUGCUCGAUGAUGGGGAGGUGAUGGCCCACAAUACCACCGUCCAGCUUGGCGGAGUCGCGUUCCUGGUCUGCAAGGUGGCCGGCGUGGACAGAGUGGGUGCUCAUUGGAACCAAAUCUCGUGGAUCCGGCGGCGGGACUGGCACAUCCUGUCCAGCGGCGCCCAGAUGUACACCAACGACGAGCGGUUCGCGAUCCUGCACACGCCCGGCUCGAACACGUGGACGCUGCAGAUCAAGUUCGUGCAGCGGAGGGACCACGGCACCUACGAGUGUCAGGUGUCCACGCCGACCGGGGUCAUCUCCCACUUUGUGAACCUGCAGGUGGUGGUCCCGGAAGCGUUCAUCCUCGGUUCCGGCGAGCUGCACGUGGAUAUGGGAUCAACAAUCAAUUUAGUUUGCAUAAUUGAGAAGAGCCCACAACCGCCGCAGUACGUGUACUGGCAGCGGAACGACCGGAUGAUCAACUACGACGACUCCCGGCGGGACAUCUCGAUCGAGACGGUGCCGGGGCCGCGGACGCAGAGCCGGCUCAUCAUCCGGGAGCCGCAGAUCAACGACUCCGGCAACUAUACCUGCUCCGCGAGCAACACCGAGCCGGCGAGCAUAUACGUGUUCGUGUCGAAAGGUGACAACACGGCGGCGAUAUCGCGCCGGAAAACGAGCGGUGCCGCCGGGGCGACCGUGGCCGUGUCCUCGCUGCUCGCCGACUGCCUGUGCGUCAUCCCGGGCCUGAUAGCGUCCUUUCUGCUGACGGCCCGGUACGGGGCCUGAACCCUGAACCCGAACUCGAUGACGACGACGACGACGACGAGUGUUUCCGGGCCUAAAGCCGCGGUCUAGGAUAGGCUAAUGGAAAGGAAGAAGAAAAACAAAACAAAGAGGACCCUCUACACUUCCGUUUGUACAUUUUUGUCUGACCAUUUUUUUUUUAUUUUGUUCUGUUCCUACCGAUAGUGCGGGGGAAAACGACGAACGAAACUGAAAAUUAAUAAAACAAAAACUGUAGGAUAAUUUUUGUGCGAAAAAAUGUGGGAAUGCUGUGUGCGUGUGAAAAUUGAAUUAAAAUUGGAAUUGUAAAUCAUGUGAUUGUGAUGCGAGAGUGAGGGGAAUUGCAAUAAAAAAUGUGACCUCUGGAGAAACUAUUUUUAUAGGGCAAGUGAGUCUGUUUGAAGAUUAUUCAUUUGCAUGAUUGAUUUCAUCUUUUCAAAUGUUUGGUCAAAGAAGCAUGAACAUAACUAAUGCUCUUAACUCAAUUUCGAAUAAAAGAUUUAAAAAAUUACAAUAUUUUUUGACUCAUUGACCCCUUGUUAUUAAUUCCGUCGUUAAACUACUUACUUUUCCUGUCAUUCUUGAACGAUGAAAUAGCCUACUUUUCUGUACCAAAAAUAACAGAAUCGAACAUUUUUUGUUAUUUA